GAGGGAGAAGAAGAGACGUAUGUGAGGGGUGAUCAGCAGUGUAAGGAGGAGGAGAUCCCUACAGAUAUCAGCACAGAAUCCAGACACGUCAGUGCAGCACUGGAUGAAAGAUGCAAGGGUUUUUCAGGAGUCCAGAAGCACACUGACCUUUUAUAUGAACACACUGAUAACAAGCAAACAGAUCACAGCAGAUGGACACACAAGCAGGAAUAUCUCAGAAGGACAUCUAUUGUUAUCCCCGGAUUGUGACAUAAAAGAUGACAGUAGACAGGAUUCUCCAGCAUUUAACCCCAUUACCCCAAUUAUAUAUCCAGCUCUAUCAACUGAUCCCCCUGAUCCUGGGAAAUGUUCUCCUGAUCACUCUGAUAUUGGUGCAUCUGUUACAGCUUUGAGAGUAGAUACAGUGUUUCCCUGGUCUAUAGAUACCAAAUGUUUUACACAGAACACAAACCUUAUUACUCAUCAGCCAGCUAAGGCAGGUGAGAGGCCAUUUCCAUGUUCUGAGUGUGGGAAAUGUUUUACAUAUAAAUCAAAUCUUGUUACACAUAAGAGAAGUCACACAGGUGAGAAGCCGUAUUCCUGCUCUGAGUGUGGGAAAUGUUUUGCAUUGAAAUCAAAUCUUAUUAAACAUCAGAGAAGUCACACAGGUGAGAAACCGUAUUCCUGUUCUGAGUGUAGGAAAUGUUUUGCACGGAAAUCAACUCUUGUUACACAUCAGAAAAGUCACACAGGUGAGAAGCCGUAUUCCUGUUCUGAGUGUGGAAAAUGUUUUGCAUCGAAAUCAUAUCUUGUUACACAUCAGAGUAGUCACACAGAUGAGAAGCCAUAUUCCUGUUCUGAGUGUGGGAAAUGUUUCACAAAGAAAUCAGCCCUUGUUACACAUCAGAGAAGUCACACAGGUGAGAGGCCAUAUUCCUGUUCUGAGUGUGGGAAAUGUUUUACACAGAAAUCAGAUCUUGUUACACAUAAGAGAAGUCACACAGGUGAGAAGCCGUAUUCCUGCUCUGAGUGUGGGAAAUGUUUUGCAUCGAAAUCAAAUCUUAUUAAACAUCAGAGAAGUCACACAGGUGAGAAACCGUAUUCCUGUUCUGAGUGUAGGAAAUGUUUUUUAUCUAAAUCAAAUCUUGUUAAACAUCAGAGAAGUCACACAGGUGAGAAACCGUAUUCCUGUUCUGAGUGUAGGAAAUGUUUUACACAGAAAUCAGAUCUUGUUACACAUAAGAGAAGUCACACAGGUGAGAAGCCGUAUUCCUGCUCUGAGUGUGGGAAAUGUUUUUUAUCUAAAUCAAAUCUUGUUAUACAUCAGAGAAGUCACACAGGUGAGAAGCCGUAUUCCUGCUCUGAGUGUGGGAAAUGUUUUGCAUCGAAAUCAAAUCUUAUUAAACAUCAGAGAAGUCACACAGGUGAGAAACCGUAUUCCUGUUCUGAGUGUAGGAAAUGUUUUUUAUCUAAAUCAAAUCUUGUUAAACAUCAGAGAAGUCACACAGGUGAGAAACCGUAUUCCUGUUCUGAGUGUAGGAAAUGUUUUGCACGGAAAUCAGAUCUUGUUACACAUCAGAGAAGUCACACAGGUGAGAAGCCGUAUUCCUGUUCUGAGUGUGGGAAAUGUUUUUUAUCUAAAUCAAAUCUUGUUAUACAUCAGAGAAGUCACACAGGUGAGAAGCCAUAUUCCUGUUCUGAGUGUGGGAAAUGUUUCUCACAGACAUCAGCUCUUGUUACACAUCAGAGAAGUCACACAGGUGAGAAGCCAUUUUCCUGCUCUGAGUGUGGGAAAUGUUUUGCACAGAGAUCACAUUUUGUUACUCAUCAGCAUGCUCACACAGGUGAGAGGCCAUUUUCCUGUUCUGAGUGUGAGAAAUGUUUCGCAUAUAAAUCAGCUCUUGUUACACAUCAGAGAAGUCACACAGGUGAGAGGCCGUAUUCCUGUUCUGAGUGUGGGAAAUGUUUCACACAGAAAUCACAUCUUGUUACACAUCAGAGGAGUCACACAGAUGAGAAGCCAUUUUCAUGCUGUGAGAGAAAUAAAUCCGCUCUUGUUGAACAUAUUAGACAUUACCCAAGCACGGAACCAUUUAAAUCUUCUGGAGUAUAAUUAUCACUGCCAUGCAAUGUUCCUCAAGGGUCAAUCCUAUCUCCUAUGCUUUAUGCAAUAUACAGUCUGGUCCAUAUAUAUUGGGACAUCGACACAAUUCUCAUAUUUUGGGCUCUAUACACCACCACAAUGGAUUUGAAAUGAAACAAACAAGAUGUGCUUUAAAUGCAGACUUUCCGCUUUAAUUUGAGAGUAUUUACAUCUAAAUCAAGUGAACGGUGUAGGAAUUAAAAACGGUUUUUAUAUGUGCCUCCCACUUUUUAAGGGACCAAAAGUAAUGGUACAGACUAAACAAUCCUAAAUCAAACUUUGUUGCAAAUCCUUUUGUCAGUUACAGCCUGAAGUCUGGAACGCAUAGACAUCACCAGAUGCUGGGUUUCAUCCCUGGUGAUGCUCUGCCAGGCCUCUACUGCAAAUGUCUUCAGUUCCUACUUGUUCUUGGGGCAUUUUCCCUUCAGUUUUGUCUUCAUCAAGUGAAAUGCAUGCUCAAUCGGAUUCAGGUCAGGUGAUUGAAUUGGCCAUUGCAUAACA